AUGGGUUUGAGCAGCAACACCUCAGAAAAAUCACCGGCUGAUGGUGGAGCGGUGUAUUCGCGUUUUGCGCUCAUCAGAGCCGGAGUUUUGGGUCUGGUUUUUGUGCUUGCAACUUAUGGCAACCUCUUCUUCGUAAGCACACUUUGGAAGAAGCGGAAGAGAAACACAAGGACUCAGCUGUUCCUGUUGCACCUGUGCUUGGCGGAUCUGGUGGUGGCUUUUUUCCAAGUCCUGCCGCAGUUUAUCAUGGAAAUUACGCACAGGUUCCAAGGCACAGACUUCCUGUGCCGGGCCGUGAAAUACCUGCAGGUGGUCGGGAUGUUUGUCUCGUACAUGAUAGUGGCCAUGACUAUAGACCGGUACCACGCAGUGUGUAAGCCCAUGGUUUCCUUCAUGAAGAGCUCGUUUAGAAGAUACCUCUCCAUAGGCGCAGCGUGGCUCAUCUCUCUCGCCCUCAGCUCUCCUCAGAUCUCCAUAUUCUCUCUGCAGGAGGUGGCGGACAACCAGUACGAGUGCUGGGCUACAUUCAUUGAACCGUGGGGGAACAGCAUCUACAUCACCUGGAUCACUGUGGCAGUGCUUGCCCUGCCUGCAGCCAUUGUGCUCUAUUGCCAAAUAAGAAUAAGCACCACCAUCUACUUCAACAUGAAGAGGAAGGCUCUGCAGGCAGGGCGCGCGGGAACAAAAGGGGUGUCCAACGCCAUGCUGAAGACUGUGAAAAUGACUUUUGUUAUUAUAAUGACAUACACAGUGUGUUGGAGUCCUUUCUUUGUAGUCCAUUUAUGGUCCGCAUGGAUCCCCAGCAGUGCGCCAACUCAAGGUCCGGUGUUUGCCAUCAUCAUGUUGCUAGCCAGCCUCAACAGCUGCACCAACCCCUGGAUUUACCUCUACUACAGCUAA